CUUCUUUUCUUGUUUUAAUAUUCUAUUUUUAUUGCCAGUGGUCAAUGGGAUCCUACUGGCUUGCUCUUUUCUAAUAUGGCCCCUCCUAAUCCGUCUUCCCAUCGGCCCCGAAAGAAGAGAAAGCUUCCUUUCACUGGAUCGAAUAACUCUCUGACAGUAGACGCUGGAGAAGGGAAAUCUGCACCUGCUUUCCCAUUGGUAUCGUUUUUAUGGGGUGCUCGGGCUGGUGUAUCGCAAUGGCUUAUUCUGCCUCUUAUUCUAAUGACGGUGGGCCUGUUUCGCUGGGCAGUUAGUUUGUGGGGUUAUUCGGUAGGUUUCCAUGUACCUCCGAUGCAUGGUGACUUUGAAGCACAGCGACAUUGGAUGGAGAUCACUAUCCAUCUGCCUGUGUCCAAAUGGUAUACGUACGAUUUACAAUACUGGGGCCUUGAUUAUCCACCGUUGACAGCCUACCACAGCUGGUUACUAGGAAAAAUUGGUUCUAUUUUUGACCCCGCGUGGUUCGCUUUAGAUGAGUCUCGCGGUUUCGAGGAUGACCAUUUGAAAGUCUAUAUGCGCGCAACAGUCAUUGUCUCCGAGUACCUUGUUUAUAUCCCUGCUGUUGUUACGUUCCUGCGUCGUUUCACCCGAAUGCAAGCUGUUCCGGUAUGGUCCGCCUCCAUUGCUCUAUCUGCUAUCCUCCUACAACCGGCUACUAUCCUCAUCGACCAUGGACACUUUCAAUACAACACUGUGAUGCUCGGUCUCUUUGUUGCUAGCCUGGAUGCUAUAAUGGCAGGACGUAUGCUCUGGGCGUGUAUUUUCUUCGUGGGAGCUCUGGGCUUCAAACAAAUGGCCCUAUACUAUGCUCCCGUCAUGUUCGCAUUUCUCCUAGGCAUUUGUAUGCCCCCAUGGACGAGAUUCCGACGUCUUCUCUGCAUCUCGCUUGUGACUGUCGCUGCAUUUAUGGUGAUAUUCGCUCCACUCAUCGUCGGAGCGGUUGGGCCUGAAGCUAGAAAGGAUCUUAUCUCAACCCUGGAGCCUCCUCUCUUGAACGCACUUCCCGUUACGCUGGAUAAGGAGUCUUGGUUUUACCCACCUCUCUUCCAACUCACACAGGUUAUUCACCGGAUCUUCCCAUUUUCCCGGGGAUUGUUCGAAGACAAGGUGGCGAACGCUUGGUGCGCCAUUCAUACCUUUUACAAGUUGCACCGCUUUGAGGCCGAGUUGCUUAAGCGAGUAUCGCUUGGUGCCACGCUGGGAUCAAUUCUGAUCCCAUGCGCUAUCAUAUUCCGCCAUCCUCGUGCUUCUAUUCUCCUUCCCGCCUUUGCGACUGUCGCAUGGGGCUUCUUUCUCUUCUCUUUCCAGGUCCAUGAGAAAAGUGUAUUGCUACCUUUACUUCCCAUGACGUUACUCCUUUCGGGCGACGGAGGUUUGAAUAAGGAUACUCGAUCCUGGGUUGGAUGGGCCAAUAUGCUUGGCUCUUGGACCAUGUACCCGUUGCUCAAGCGCGAUGGCCUUCAGGUGCCGUAUUUCGUCAUGACAUUCCUUUGGGCUUAUUUACUGGGCCUGCCUCCAACAUCAUUGGAGAUCUAUCGUCACCAGAAGCCGCCCGGGGAGUCGGAAGCGACUCCGGAGCCUCACCUUCUUUCAAAAGUUAUCCAUUCUGGGUUCUACCUCGCUAUGCUAGGAUGGCAUGUGUUGGAGGCCUUUGUCCCCGCUCCACCCGGAAAGCCCGAUUUGUGGGUGGUGCUGAACGUGCUCAUCGGUGCCGGGGGAUUUGGGAUCGCGUAUCUAUGGUGCCUCUGGAGAUUAACCAGCCAAUCUAGUCGGAUGGACCACAAAGUCGGGGAAGAUGUUGGAAAGAAAAAUCAGUAA